AUGGCGAUAGGGGGGGCGUUCGUGGAGGGCCCGGCGGGGUACAGCGGCCGCGUCACCUCCUUCGUGGUGCUCUCCUGCAUCGUCGCCGGCAGCGGCGGCAUCCUCUUCGGCUACGACCUCGGAAUCUCAGACUUCAGAGUGGGUGGGGAGAAGGGAGAGGGCACGGUGAUUAAGGAACAGUUAAUCUUAACUUUGGAUGGGCGUACUUGCGGCGGUGCCAGAUUGGAAGCCCUCCCUCCCUGUCUUUCUUUCUUUCUUGCACCAGAUUGGAUGGAUCAUGGAUGGAUGGGCCUUCCCUUCCCUUCCCUUCCUUGUGCAUUUAACACCUACCCUACCCACCCGCUGCCCGUACUACUCCGCACCCGGAUGCAUGAUUGUUCAGUCUUCACAACAACUUGUACAGGCGGCGUCACGUCCAUGGAGUCGUUCCUCAAGAAGUUCUUCCCGGACGUGUACCACCAGAUGCACGGCGACAAGGCCGCCGCCGUCUCCAACUACUGCCGCUUCGACAGCGAGCUGCUCACCGUCUUCACCUCCUCCCUCUACGUCGCCGGCCUCGUCGCCACCCUCUUCGCCUCCUCCGUCACCACCCGCUACGGCCGCCGCGCCUCCAUCCUCAUCGGCGGCUCCGUCUUCAUCGCCGGCUCCGCCUUCGGGGGCGCCGCCGUCAACGUCUACAUGCUCCUCGUCAACCGCAUCCUCCUCGGCAUCGGCCUCGGAUUCACCAACCAGUCGAUUCCACUGUACCUCUCGGAAAUGGCGCCGCCGCAGUACCGUGGCGCCAUCAACAAUGGCUUUGAGCUCUGUAUCAGCAUCGGCAUCCUCAUCGCGAACGUCAUCAACUAUGGAGUGCAGAAAAUCGAAGGAGGAUGGGGGUGGAGGAUAUCACUGUCCAUGGCUGCUGUGCCCGCUGCAUUUCUGACUAUCGGUGCUAUCUUCCUGCCUGAGACCCCCAGCUUCCUUAUCCAGCGUGAUGGCAAUGUCGACGAGGCAAAGAUGAUGCUCCAGAGGCUGCGUGGCACGACGGGGGUUCAGAAAGAGCUCGACGAUCUGGUCACCGCCAGCAACAUAUCCAGGGCAAUCAAGAACCCGUACCGGAACAUCCUGAAGAAGAAGUACAGGCCGCAGCUCGUGAUAGCGCUCCUCAUUCCUUUCUUCAACCAGGUCACGGGAAUCAACGUGAUCAACUUCUACGCGCCGGUCAUGUUCCGGACCAUCGGGCUAGGGGAGAGCGCGGCGCUCAUGUCAGCGGUCGUGACACGCCUCUGCGCCACAGUCGCCAACAUCGUGGCCAUGGUCGUCGUCGACAAGUUCGGGCGCAGAAAGCUGCUGCUGGUAGGCGGUGUUCAGAUGAUCCUGUCGCAGUUCACUGUCGGCGCGAUCCUGGCCGUGAAGUUCAAGGACCAUGGAGUCAUGGACAAGGAGUACGGAUACCUGGUCCUGGUCAUCAUGUGCGUGUUCGUGGCGGGGUUCGCCUGGUCCUGGGGGCCUCUCACCUACCUGGUGCCAACAGAGAUCUGCCCGCUGGAGAUCAGGUCGGCAGGGCAGAGCGUCGUGAUUGCGGUCAUCUUCCUGAUGACGUUUGUGAUCGGGCAGACGUUCCUCAACAUGCUGUGCCAUCUCAAGUUUGGCACCUUCUUCCUGUUUGGCGGGUGGGUGUGCGUGAUGACGCUGUUCGUCUUCUUCUUCCUGCCGGAGACGAAGCAGCUGCCCAUGGAGCAGAUGGAGCAGGUGUGGAGGAGGCACUGGUUCUGGAAGAGGAUAGUUGGGGAGGGGGAGGAAGAGGCUGAUCAGGCGCAGACCGGAGCAGGAGCCAUAGCCAUGUCCGCCGCAGCACAUAGCAGUUAG